ACAUCAUGGUGAAAGAAAAUAAACAAAGUACACGGAUGGGUGUGUGACGAUAAACAGUUCAGCCAGUUUUGGAGUGGUUUGGGCGGCUGUUUUCUGCAAUUCAUGCUUAUAACUAGAAUCCUGAAGAUGCCUCUCAAAUUCGCUUCAAAUAUAUCAUUUAUGUUUAAAGAGGCUGGUGAUAUUCAUCUGAGAUAUGCUGCGGCAAAGAAAGUAGGUUUUGAAGCUGUGGAAUCUGCCUUUCCUGCUGGGUUUACUGCAGAUGAAAUUCAGAAAGCCAAAGAAGCUUCUGGUCUGCAACAGGUUCUUUUAAACAUCUUUCCAGGGGAUUCUGAAGAUGGAGCCAAGGGACUUGCUGCCAUUCCUGGGGCAGAGAAGAAGUUCAGAGACAGCCUAGAAAUGUCAAUCCAGUACUGCAAAUCACUUCAUUGUAAAAAGCUGCACAUCAUGUCGGGGGUGGCCACCCGAGAGGCUGGGGCAGACACUUACGAGAGGAAUAUCCGGCUGGCUGCGGACCGGCUGUCCCAGGAGGGUAUCGUCGGCCUGAUCGAGCCCAUAUCACCACAGGCCGUGCCAGGGUACUUCCUGAAUGACUACGGAUAUGCGCUGGACCUGGUGAAGAGGAUCGGCAGCGAGUCCCUGCGGCUGCAGGUCGACCUGUUUCACCUGCAGAACAUCGCCGGCAACAUCACCAACAACCUGAAGGAGCUGCUCCCCUACACCGGUCACGUCCAGCUGGCUCAGGCGCCGCACCGCCACGAGCCCGGCGUCCCCGGCGAGCUGGACUUUGGCUACGUGCUGCCGCUGCUGGAGCAGCUCGGCUACAGCGGCUGGGUGGGCUGCGAGUACGUGCCGAGCACGUCCUCUGAGGAGAGCCUGUCCUGGGUGCGGCGGCUGGGGUACUCACUGUGAGAGCGUCUCAGCCCCGUCCGGCGGGGACAGGAUGGUGUGAGAGGGUAGUGGGAUAGAGGGGUAGGGUUGUGCGAGAGGCCAGUGGAUUUGAUGGGCUCUGUUAUGCAACGUACUAUGAGCCGAUACAACCGUAGGCUGAUUUAGUCAGGUCAAAGUGUCUGUUACGGGACUGGCGUGGACUCCUGUGCUGUGUGAUCGAGAGGCCGUUACGUACCAGUGAUACACCACUGCCGUUAGUGACGGCUGUACGUUGUUUCUACAUACUCUGUGCUGUACUGGCCACAUCAGAGCAGCAGCGGAGGACGGGGCUCGCCGUCUGUCACGUGCUCGACCGUAUCGGGUGAGUGCAAUGGAUAUGUCCGUAUUAGGGUCAGUUGGAUUCCUGGCAUUACAGGAGUGGAGCGUUGUUGUCGCUCGCUCGGCGACCGUUUCUGGAUUUCGUGUCUGGUUUCCUUUGAUAUACUUUUUGUCAUUGAGCAACCAGAUACACCAUAAUCUCAGUGUGAUUGGACAUAACCUGCCAUAAUGGGAGUGGGGACGGUGGCUCGCCGUUCUGGGAGUUUCAGGAAACGUAAACAUGUUACUUACUUACUGGGACUGGUGUCGAUUUUUAAUAAACGCUUUUGCUACA